UUCUACAAACACUUGUUGAAGAGAAGGGCUCUCAAGAGGCUCUGCUGGUCUUCCUCCGUAUGGUGGUCUCUCAUCAGGAUCAGAACCGUAUGUCUCUGUGGAAUGUGUCCAUGGUGAUGGCACCCAACCUGUUCCGUCGUCACCAUGGAAACAAGCGCUCAAUUGCUAAACGAGAUGAGAUGGAGGAGGCGGUGGGUGGAGCUCAGCUGAUCCGGCUGAUGAUCAUUCACCAGGACUUGCUUUGGACCGUCCCCAAGUUUCUACUGUCUCAGGUGAGACAGAUGAACCAGGUGUCCAUUCAGAAACAGCUUGGCCUGAGCUGGACCAGUAGACUUUUGAGGAAGAAGAAUGACAAGAAUGAAAGAGAUCAGGUGAGACAGAGACCAGGGCCAAGGAAGACAGAGACUAGGACCUGGAAAGACCAAGAACUGCAUGAGAUGGGCACUAAAACAAGGUGA